UUCAGUUUAGUGACGUAUAUUUGCCUGUGCUUGAUCGGCGUUAUCUCCAGUUGAGACGUUUAUCAACCUCUUUGCAUGUCACGUGCCUCGGCUCGUCCAAUAGCAGUCGGAGUUGGACGCGCACAGAGGGCGCAUGGGUAUCUGUUACUCCAGAUCCACAGCUUCUCUUUCAGUCUUGGGGAAUACUAAAAGAGCUGGUAGGCUCCAUGUAGGGCGUGCUAUGACAGCGUCUUUACUCCUCCAUUCUCGCUGGAUUGACCCGGUGAUGUUUCUGUAUGACAACGGCUUGGAUGAUAUGAACAAAAACAUGGAAGGAUUUGUGGGAGGCAAUUUUGCUGCGAAUCAGUGCAGGAAUCUUAUUGCUCACCCGUCUUCUUUGGCCCCGAGCACGACCUACACGUCGAGUGAGGUGCCCGGGUCGGGCAUGGGAGAACCUGUCAAACAAUGCAGUCCCUGCUCAGCUCAGAAUUCACCCGGUGCUUCUUUGCCCUAUGGAUAUUUUGGCGGCAGCUACUACCCAUGCAGGAUGCCCAAGUCCUGCACGCAGCCCACCUCCUAUGGGGAAAAAUACAUGGACACGUCUGUUUCUGGAGAGGAGUUCCCUUCUCGUGCUAAGGAAUUCGCCUUCUAUCAGGGUUAUUCGUCUGGCCCUUACCAACCUGUGCCAAGUUAUCUUGAUGUGCCAGUGGUACCUGCGCUGAGCGCCCCUGCGGAACCAAGACACGAGUCUCUUCUGCCUGUGGAGACGUACCAACCCUGGGCAAUUACAAACGGAUGGAGCAGUCCGGUGUACUGCCCAAAAGAUCAAACGCAGUCAAACACCCUCUGGAAAUCGUCUAUACAAGAGAGCGUAUCGGCUGCUGAAGGAGCCUCAGUUCGUCGAGGAAGAAAGAAGCGGGUUCCAUACACCAAGGUUCAAUUAAAGGAACUAGAACGAGAAUAUGCCACAAAUAAAUUCAUCACUAAGGACAAACGAAGAAGGAUAUCAGCUCACACAAACCUUACCGAACGACAAGUGACCAUCUGGUUUCAAAACAGGCGGGUGAAGGAAAAAAAAGUGGUCAACAAAUACAAGGGUAUCAGUUAAGAUUUGAAAAAAGUUAAAACUGAAAUACCAAUGUGGUAUAAAUGGAAGGACCUUCAACAUUAUUUAUUCUGAAACCCAUUCCAUCGUCGGUUCUACGUCAUGAGAUGCGCAGGAGUAACCAAAAUAUGUAUUUUACUUCCCUGUGUACAGACUGUCACGUCACGACAUUGGCACGAGGCAAAAUAAACUGUUCUGAACAAUGUA